AAUAAUCGCUCGAGUCACCUGGUUGGUUGAGUUUUGCGCGCCAUUGGUGGACCCCGCCCAGAAGCGUCAGAAAUGCGCUAGAAAUAUUUUGAUUGGAUUUAGAAAAUUGAAAGUUUAGAUUUGUGUUAGCCUGGGAAAACCCAGACAACCUCUGGCAAAAUUAGGCUAGAUUUGCUCUGAAAGUUACAACUGAUAAUGGUCUGGUUUUAACCAGGCUAGAUUUGUGUGCGUCAUUUCGAUUUCGAUAUUAACACGUAUUUAACAAAUUAUGAGUAACCCCAAGCCUUAAAACUGUGGCAUUGGAAAACACCAUUUUAAAUAUUUGGUCGAAGUCGAACUGUAAAUUGUUGCAUGAAUCAUAUGCAGCAACAUUCGGCGCCCUUCCAUUGAAGCAAAACAUUUGCAUUGAAGCAAAUGUGUUACGGAGCCAGAUAUUUUAAUGAAGAUAAUAAUGGCUACAUCAGACUAAAUCCAGGACAAUCAAUUAUUCGGAAUAUUCAAAUGUUUAUAAUAAUACAUAUUAGUUUAAUAUCAUAAUAAAAUGUAUAUUGUUGCAAUAUUUGUGUUGCAUAAACUUUAAUCUAUUGUUAUAGUAUAGUCCUAUUAGGAGGUCUGCAUAAUUAUAAAUUACACAAGAAAAUAGAAAAUUAAAUUACUUAGCCUAGUAGAAAUUAGAAAAAAUUCUACUAAGUGAAAUGGUAGAAAUUACUUCUCUCUGAAACAAUCAUUUAUGUCAUGGCCUUUAUGCAUGGGCCAUAUCGGACUGUGGGUUUUUAAAUAAGAAGGGGGAUAGGGUGACAUUGCUGAUACGAGGGGGGUUUAUUACACAGGGCGUGGUGUCCGCCUAGCCAAUCGGAGGCCUUUGCUCGUACAAACGCUGGCCUUUAACCACCGGCACAGAUAUAAACAGACUACAAACAAUAAGAGCUAAACAAGCGUCAGCUCGCGGCAUUGACUUUCAAGCAACAUGGCAAACGUAGACGUAUCAAGCAAUCUGGAGCGUCAUGUUGCACGGAGGACCUUUCCUCUUCUCGCCCGCACAAAGGUCUGCCGUAACCUUUUCGGACCCGUAGAUCACGAGGAGCUGCACGGUGAAAUGAAACGCAAACUCCAGGAGAUCUCCGAGCGAGACCAGACCCGGUGGAAUUUUAACUUUGAGACCAACUCGCCUUUGCCUGGAGAUUACGAGUGGGAGGCGAUUUCAGAGGACGCUAUGCCAUUUUUCUACAAGGAUAAAGUGCAAAAUAAAAGAGCUCUCGCCACGGCGUCUGUUAACGCGACAGGAGACGCGUCCAGCACUUCUGACUGUGGGUUACACGGGAUUUCCUGGAGUCCGGUAGUUCAAGAAUCCGCGGACGUCCCAAGUCGACCCAGCGAGCUUAACCAGGAGAACCUCUCUGGGGCACUCAACUCAAAACCAGCUCGCGCUUCAGUCCUCAGAAACAGGCGAAAGAGGUCACUCAUCCCAGAGGCCCCCAGAAACAGCACGCUGCAAAUUACAGACUUCUUCCCGAAAAGAAAAAGAAACCUGGAAUCCAAGCAGGAUGAACCCACCAGCAUUGAAGUCACGCCACGCAAAACAAUAAGAUGAUGUUUGCACUCCAUGCAUCAGUCCACCUGUGUUUUAUCUGCAGAGCGGAUGAAAGAAAACCAGGGGACGAGAGACAUUCACUCUCUCUCUCUCUCUCUCUCUCUCUCUCUCUCUCUCUCUCUCUGAACAUAUGUAGCAAUACAUAGACUUUGUUGCAGUGUUACAAUGUCUAAAUGGUGCAAUUUUAUAUUUCUUUUGUUUCCACAUGUGUAGAGGGCUAGGCCACACUGCUCUAAAUAGAUUAGAGCAAUACUUUUUUCUUAUUUUUUUUUUUUUUUUGUUGUUUUUUUUUUUAAAUAUACUAACUUAUUUUAUUUAUGUUCAAAAUAGUUGGUUACUUUAUUAUUUACAGUGAUUGUUAUUGUUUUUAAUUAUUUUAAGUUGUUUAUUUAAGUUUUGUAUGCAGCAUCAUGCAAAGAAUGUUUCUGAGCCGUGUUUGUUAAAAUAUAUUAUGUAGCUCACGUUUGAAUCAAAGUGUAAAUUAAAUUAUAUUUUUGCUAA